AUGAAGCUCUUCACAAUCCUGCUGUCGGCCGCCGGCGCCGCUGUUGCGGUGACCACAACGCUGCCAAAGUCCGCUGGUUCGACUGCGGUUCCCACUGCCAUUCCCGUGAGCGGCUCCUUCGAUGGAGGCAUGAAGAAGUACGACCGCAACCCUUCUGUCUGCCAAGGCCAAACCGAAACAGGGGAGAAGGACGCCAUGUUCAUCCUCGAGAAUGGCGCGACCCUUUCCAACGUCAUCAUUGGCAAGGGUCAGGCUGAAGGUGUCCAUUGCAAGGGCACUUGCACCCUCAACAACGUCUGGUGGGAGGACGUCUGCGAGGACGCCGCCACCUUCAAGCAAAGCUCUGGCACGUCGUACAUCAACGGUGGUGGCGCUUUCAAGGCUGAGGACAAGAUCUUCCAGUUCAAUGGCCGCGGCACCGUCCGCAUCAAGGACUUUUACGCCAACGACUACGGCAAGGUGAUUCGCAGCUGCGGCAACUGCUCUGGUAACGGUGGUCCACGCAACGUGGUCAUUGAGAACUCGGUUGCCGUGAACGGCGGCGUGCUCUGUGGCAUCAACACCAACUACGGCGACACGUGCAAGAUCAGCAACACAUGCCAGGACGAUGGCAAGAGCUGCGAUCGGUACACGGGCAACUCGAGCGGCAAGGAGCCGACCAAGAUUGGCUCUGGUCCUGAUGGCACGUACUGCACCGUCUCUGGCCUCACCAAGAACUGUUAG